AGAAGAAAGGGAAAUCCCACUACACAAUCUACGACGUCGUUUGACACCUAGCAAAACUCCUUUCUCGAGUCUUCGCGAGCACAGAGAAAGCUUCUAGGUAUUUUUUUGUUUCCGUUUUGCAACACAGCGAUGGCGGCGAGAAAUGCUCUGCUUCGACACCUUAGAGUCAACGUCAAUGCAUCACUUCUAAAGGAUAACAUCGGCGCUCGAGAAUCUGCACUCCCUUUCACCGUUCUUCUUCGCCGUUUCUCCGACGAAGUUAGAGGAUCGUUUCUAGACAAAUCUGAUGUCACAGAUCGCGUUAUCUCAGUCGUCAAAAACUUUCAAAGAGUCGAUCCCUCAAAGGUAACACCAAAAGCCCAUUUCCAUAACGAUCUCGGGUUAGACAGUUUGGACACUGUGGAAGUUGUGAUGGCGUUCGAGGAAGAAUUUGGGUUUGAGAUCCCUGAUAAUGAAGCAGACAAGAUACAGUCCAUCGAUCUUGCGGUUGAGUUUAUCUCUUCUCAUCCUCAGGCUAAGUAAAAGAGAAACAAAAUUCUUCAAUGUCGUGCAUCAUGCUUCGCUGUGUCUACAGAUUUGGUUUAGCCCAAUAAGAAACAGAAACAAACAUGUUUUUUUUUGUGUUUGCUCUACUUUGGUUUCAUUAAGUUUUAGAUGUGUUCCUCCAUGAUUUCACGAGGCCUUUCAAGGAAGGUUUUUUAUUAACGUAUCUUUAUUAAAUACAUCAUUAGACACGUUGCAUUGUGGACUA